ACACGUGGUAGGCUCUCAGUAUUUAUUGGAUGCAUGCAUGAAUGAAUUAACCUACACUGUUCCAAAAGGUGAGGAUCACAAGCUACUGCGUGGAGGAGGUGGAGUUUCUGGACCAGCAGAGCUGAGGGUACCCAAACUUGUACUGAGGCAACUCUACUGAGGUCAGCCCCAUGGCUAUCCCACAUGGUUCAAAUGAAACUUCCUAUUUGCUACCUCCAAACAGUGAGGACUGGGCCUCGCACGGCAUUCCUGACUUUGUCUAUGGGCAGAAGGAACUCGUGCCAGAAGGGAUUCAGUGGCCAAGGAGCGGACCCAGCCUUCUGGACAGACUGCCACUGUCUCGCUUUGACUCUGCCCUCUGCUUGGCCUGGAGGCAGCGGAUGGAGCUGGGGCUGUUCCGCUACUGUCUGGGGGAGCUGCAGACCCAAACCCUUCCUGGUGCCGUGGGUUUUGUGGCUCAGCUGAAUGUGGAGCGAGGUGUGCAAAGAAGGAGCCCCCAGAACAUCAGGAGCGUGAGGCAGGCGUUUGACCCUGAACAGUUUAACUUCAACCAGAUCCGGCCAGGAGAAGUCCUCUUCCGCUUGCACCGGGAGCCCGAUCUCCCCAGUGCUCUCCAGCAAGAUGACAUCCUUGUGGUGAUCAAUGUCAGCCCCUUGGAGUGGGGCCACGUGCUGCUGGUGCCCGAGCCCGCCCGAGGGCUCCCCCAGCGCCUGCUGCCAGGGGCACUGCAGGCCGGGGUUGAAGCUGUGCUGCUGAGCUCACACCCAGGCUUCCGAGUCGGCUUCAACAGCCUGGGCGGCCUGGCCUCAGUGAACCACCUCCACCUACAUGGCUAUUACCUGGCCCACAGACUGCCCGUGGAGGGGGCCCCAAGUGAACCCCUGGAUCCUGGGGGCCAUCUGCAUCUGCUCCAGGCCCUCCCAGCUCCUGGCUUCCUCUUUUACACAAGCGGGACAGGGCCCGACUUGGAAGCCUUGAUAAGCAGGGUAUGUCGGGCCACUGACUAUCUGACUGACCACGAGAUUGCACAUAACUUGUUUGUGACCCGGGGGGCUCCACCUGGAAAGACAUCAUCUUCCUCAGCCCUCACGGGGGUCCGAGUAAUUCUUUGGGCCCGCAAGUCCAGCUUUGGGAUAAAGGAAGGCGAGGCCUUCAAUGUUGCCCUCUGUGAGCUGGCUGGGCACCUCCCUGUCAAAACGUCCCAGGACUUCAGCAGCCUGACAGAGGCGGCAGCUCUGGCUGUCAUCCGAGACUGUCUGCUGCCCCCAGCCCAGGCAGGAGAGGUGCAGGCAGCACUGGUGGCCUUGAUAGCCAAGGAGGAGCAGUAAUCCUUCCAGAAGUAUUUAUUUUGUACCCGAUCUAAGUCUCUUUCUGGAAAGCUGUCCAUCAUGAUCAUGUGGGCACGUUCAUGAAUGCCUUCUCACCUGUCUCAGCCUAAAGGGAGGGAUAAAGAACUGGUAAGUGGUCUCUUUACGGAGGAGGAUACCUUGGAAUGAAUGAGC